GCGGGGCAGUGUGUGUGUGUGUGUGUGUGUGUUUGUGUGACACUCACAACUCGGCAGAAGAGAGCGAGACCAGAAGCUCCUGACAAACACAUUAUGAUGAUACUUUGUGUUGUGGAUUUAAAGGCGUUUGGAUGAUCAAAUCACUGGAUUGUAAAGCGCAGGACGGAGGCUGGAGAUCAUGGAACUUGAGAGCGCUUUCUCAGCACCGGCUAACCAAUCACAGAACAGCAACUCCUCCCUGGGGUCUGAUCGGUUGGCGAGAUCUUCGGCGUACAGCGAUGCAGAGCUGGUGCUGCUGGGUGUUGCAAUGGGUAUUCUGGUUCUGGCCAUAGUAUUUGGUAACGUGCUAGUGAUUACAGCCAUCGUGCGGUUCCAGCGGCUCCAGACAGUCACCAACUUCUUCAUCGCCUCGCUGGCUGUUGCCGACCUCAUCAUGGGUUUGGUUGUGGUCCCCUUUGGCUCCAGCUACAUCCUGCUGGGAACCUGGCAGUUUGGAAACUUCAUGUGCGAAUUCUGGACAGCAGCUGACGUGCUGUUUGUGACGGCCAGCAUCGAAACCCUGUGUGUGAUUGCUGUGGACCGCUACCUCGCCAUCACCUCACCGCUUCGCUACCCGACGCUACUCACCAGGGGUCGGGCCUUCGCAGUGGUCCUCGGGGUUUGGGCAGUGGCCUCCCUCAUCUCCUUCCUGCCCAUCCAUCUGAAGUUGUGGGUGUCAAAUGAUACGGUAGCUCGCCAGUGCUUGGACGAUGAGUACUGCUGUGAUUUCAACACCAAUGCGGCAUACGCGGUGUCCUCCUCAAUUGUGUCCUUCUACAUUCCGCUGGUGGUGAUGAUUGUCCUGUAUACCCGUGUCUUCCAGGAGGCUCAGAAACAGCUGGAGAAGAUCAGAGGGAGGGAGAGGCACUUUUAUAACUUGCAUUAUACUGCACAGAUGACUUAUCCUGAUGAUAGUCCAGCAAUGAAUAGACUGGCAGGAACUGAGGAGGGAGAAGAAGCAGGAGAGGACAGACUAAACAUGCAGAAAACAGGAGGGAUAGACGAUGCUGCGGUGGAAAAGUCUGGCGAGAACAGAGCAAGGCCAGAAAAAGGGGAAGGAAGACACUCUGCCGCAAAGCGUCUUAAGUUCUGUCUGAAGGAGCACAAGGCUGUGAAAACUCUGGGGAUCAUCAUGGGAACCUUCACGUUGUGUUGGCUACCCUUCUUCAUCCUAAACAUCCUUGUGACCUUCCUCAACUUGGGGGACAUCAAGCUGCUCUUCAGACUCCUCAACUGGCUAGGAUACUCCAACUCGGCCUUCAACCCACUCAUUUACUGCCGCAGCCCCGACUUCAGGCACGCUUUCCAGGAGGUACUCUGUUUGAGGAGCAAAUGGGGGCGCGGGGGAGGGAGGAGGGGAUGGGGAUGGUGCAGGGACAGAGGUCGCUACCCCAAGCCUCCAGGUAGGACCUAUGGGAACUCAGACCUGAAUGGUGUCAGGGGGCUGGACGUUCAGCAGAGGUCAGGUUGGAAGGGCAGUUUGGAGAGCUCUAUCCAGGACAGCUCACUGACUCUGGCUCCUCCGGCUUCUUGCCGUGAGCAGGUUUUAGAAGUAGCUCCUGGUUCCCUGACGAACUGGUCGGCUAACAGUUCUGCUAAUGGGAGCUGUGAGGAUAACCUGGCUUCUAUUGCAUGACCGAUUAAGACAUUAGACUUUACACUGUGUGCUUAGUCGUGCCGUGCGCAUCAAUUUGAUGGUGCUCAAAAAACUUCACAUUUCACAUCGCUGUCCUUCUUUGCUGCUGUAGUAUUCCUAAUAACAGCUACACAAGUAAACUGUGUUCAGCAGUAUUAGUAAGAAUUUGGAAAGGUUUGACUUAAAACCUUAAUGAAUUUCCAAGACAUCUUAACACAACUUAUUGAGGUACAAAAAGGCUGUACACAAUGCAAAAGUAUACAAAAAGUACAGCCUCAAAGUAAAACUAAACAUUACGAGCUUCACCACAUUGGUACAAUGUGGCUAUUAUUGGAAGAUGUCUCUAUUAUUUCGUUCACCCCCAGUUUAUACCAACAGAAAGGUGACGUUUUAAUUGACAGCCAUUUAAUUGCCUACCACUGAAUAACAGGACAAAUAUAGAAGUCAAAUAUUUAAGGACAAUUCUGCUGUUACAUGUGAAUGACAUAAUGGAAUUCCCAAAUAAUCCUUUAUUAAAAGCUGCCACAGAUGAAAUUCUUUGCCGUUGAUUAGAAGUGUAGAAAAAUGAGCCACUGGCAGGAAGGUUGCUGGUUCAAAUUCCUCUUGCACACUGUCAGGCUCCUCACAACUACAAUGGAAGCCUCAUUUCGCAAAGAUUUUGCAGCGCCAGCUGCUUACCGCCAAUGGUAAAAGAUUCAGACUGUAUUGAACAACAUCUACGAUGGGCGCCAUAGUUGUUGCAGCAGUGUAUUGCUCAAGAACAACUGAUCAUUUUCUACACAAACUCACCACAUUUGCAGUGCUAAUAGCCUUAAGGGUUUGGCACAACCAGCCAAAUCCCAUGAAGCAUAUAGAAAAUACAUUUUGUUUGCCCUGUAGCUAAAAAGUCUUAUUUGAAAUAGAGGGGUUCAUUUGAGGCUCACUUAUCAUAACCUCCUCAGAUUUUUGUUUUUCAUUCCUGCCUGAUAAACAUCACAGCUGGUCCAAGAUAAUUUACUGGUGUAUUUUUGUGUAUCAGAAAUACUUUCCUUCCUCUUUAUCUCUCCAAAUAUCAGCAUACCCACUCGUUGCGUUGAUCCUAUCAGAUUUUAGAUCUGAACAUUAUCAUGAACGUUAUCUGUCAGAGAUUACUUUCACGCACUGGGAUGUGUUUCUAUAACAUAGUCAAGUGUUUUUAGAUUAGGUUUUUGUAUCUUUAUUUUCCAAAUUCAAAGUGAUGAUGACAAAGUCGCCCGCAUACAGUUUAUCUAUAAAGACUACCCAGAAUCAUAUUACAUUAUACCCAUUGUGAAAAUAAUCUCCCCAACCCUGCUUUUACAUAUAUAAUUAUUCAAUGUGUGUGUGUGUAUGUGUGUUGUGUGUAAAAGUACCCCUGAACAAGUUAUUGAGGGUCAAUAAUUAUCAUGUGUGUGGAGUAAAUAUGAUAUCCACACAUGUGUGUCUGUCUGUAUGUUUUGUGUACUUUACUAUUGAAUAUUUGUAUUUAACCGUAAUGUGUGCGAGACUAACUAACUGUUGGAAAAUAUAUUUUUUUAAACAUCAACUUGAAUAACAAGAGUUGUUUUAAUGUUGUCAACUUCAAUAACGUAUCUAGUUCUCAAUGUUGUAUUGUGUCUGUUAAUACAUGUGGAGUUUAAGCAGCACUGAAACACGAGUCUACACUCAAAAAGAAGAUUUGUCAUUUGACAUUUACUGUAUAUUUGUCUUGAAUUACUGAGUCAGGUGUUUAGCUUUUAACCAGAGGAGUGGAUUCUAUUUUCUACCUCCGUCAGACUCACAUGAAUGUCUUCUCAUCUCUGCAAAUAUUUAUUUGUAAGCUGUUCGAUAUUUUUGUGAGUAAAAGAAUGAAGUUUUGACAUUGUGUUGUUCGAAUCUGUUGCUCAGGUAUGUGGGUGAUCUCAAGAGGCCUCCAGAAAGAGAGAGAGAGAGAGAGAGAGAGAGAAAUAAGGUUAACAUGAGCUUGAUAUACUGUAUGCCACAGCUUGCUUUCAUUCAAACAGCCCGGGGAAUCGGGUUAUUUGGGCCAAACAACCAGCUGACUUUGUGAUUUGAUGUCGAUGAAAUUCUUAUUUUCUUCGGUUACAAAUUAUUAGGAAACAGUUUUUUAGAUUGGAUGCUCAUCUAAUCCUUCCUUUAAACAGUGCCAACUACUGCAUUGCACAGAAAAACAGUGUGACCACAAGCAUGCUGUUGACAAAGCAGAGCGUUCAUCCAAAAAUAGAAUCUCAUUUAAUCUAAUUUUCAUCAGGAAUAUGACAAAUUACAAUAACUCUGGUAGUUUUGGACGCAAUAAAUCAUCAAAAGGCUCUUUGUCAACAAGAAAAAUGAGACCAGGAAAUGGAAUUCUCAUCAUGCUGCAACUUUAACCUUUUUUAACUUAAGCCAUGGGACAGAAGCUUUUUGUGCUUAUUCAGUCAUCCAAGUUAUUCAUGAAAGACUCAACCUGUCUGUUUGCAUUCAAGUCAAAGUGUGUGUGUGUGUGUGUGUGUGUGUGUG